AUGCAGAAUGAGGCAAAGACAGAGGGCAAGAGUGAGCUGAUACCAACCAUCAAGUUCCGCCACAGCUGCCUGCUGAGAAACCAGCGCUGUAUCGCGGCUUACCUUUAUGAUCGCCUCCUGCGAAUCCGUGCUCUCAGAUGGGAGUAUGGCAGUGUGCUGCCCACAACCAUUAGGUUUCAUAUGUGUGCUGAAGAGAUGGAGUGGUUCAAUCAGUACAAAAAGUCUUUGGCAACCUAUAUGAGGUCAAUAGGUGGAGAGGAAGGUUUGGACAUAACACAGGAUAUGAAGCCUCCUAAGAGUUUAUACAUUGAGGUGCGCUGUCUUAAAGACCAUGGAGAAUUUGAAAUAGAUGAUGGCACCAUCAUUCUCUUGAAGAAAAAUAUCCAGCACCUUUUACCCAGAUGGAAAUGUGAGCAGCUUAUUCAGCAGGGUGUAUUAGAGCACUUCAUCUCCUAAAAAUAAAUAAAGUAUUGUAUUGUGGAUAAUUUCCUUCACAUUCAUUUAGAUGACUCAGCUUUAAAUUUGAGUGAUUUGUCUUUUCAGAAAGCAGCACAACUUUACUUGGUCACAUUCUUUACAGUGGUACAUGAUGCAUUUACAACAGUUUCAUCUCCCAACAGUUAGCCAGCUCUUUUAAACAAGAUGUACAUCAUAAGAGACAUCCGCAACACUUACAAUAAUUUAUAUCAAAGUGGACAUUAGUGCAUCAUGAUUGACAAUGGUGAAAUUUCAAGAUAGUAUUUGUAUCAAAACUGUACAUUGCGUGAAUACUGUGCUUUUGGUUAUUGCACCUCAAGGGGCAUUAAAAAGAAUGUCUUAUUUUACUAGCAGUUAUUGAAGCCAACAAAUUCACAAGAACGCUUGCGGUUUGUACCCUACAUCACAGUGAACAAUUGAAGGAAUGUGUAAUGUUCUGUCCUUAACGAAUGAUCAAAUCUCAUACUACAAAAGUCUUGUUCAUUGGUAUUUGUUUGCCUCUGAAGAGACCAUUAAAUUAACAUAACCCUUCGUCCUCUUUAUACUCUUGAAAACAGCACGAUUUAAUACAAUAUGCUGUUACGGUAACUGUAAGACUUUGCAUUAUCUGUGCUUUCAUUUUAACACUAAGAGUGCUUUAAAAAAAAAAAAAAACAUGUUUUGCAUCAAAAGACAAAAGUGCACUAGCGCAGUGGUUCCCAACCCUGGUCCUGGAGGCACCCCAACACUGCACAUUUUGCAUGUCUCCUUU